CUUUGCUUGGAGCGAGAGCGAGAAAGUUAGAUAAGAGACUACGAAUCACGACGGCGACAGCGACAGCGACGGGUUUUUCGUGAUCUCAGAUACUGCGACUUGAGCUAUUGGGUUUUUUAUUAAGCACGCUUGCGCUCUAUACUAGAAUUGGCACACAGAACACCACAGCCAUGUCGGCACCUCCAGCAAAACGUGGACCAUCAGUCCUGGUCACCGACUCCCGCGAGCGCCUCCCACCUCCCCGCCAACCCGCGCGUCCUGCGAGCUCGCCAAGUAACGCCCGCGCCCGCAUGCCAACGCGUUACAUAUCCGUCGACAACGUCCUCCAGAACUCCUCCGAAAUCCCCUCCGGACAAGCGCGCCUACCACCUCAUGCUCGGACAGCACGUCCGGGCGUGCAACGUAGCAUGUCUGCUGCGAAUGUAUCCCCCGGGACGCGGACGUCGCAGGUUAAUAUACCCGGGCGCACGACGAAGGUUAGCGAGAAGCUUGUUCUGAUCCCGGAACUCGAAGAAGGGGGGGAGAUAGAGGAGGGGGUGUCGGAAGGGACGUUCCGGCGUGGAUAUGUGGAGGAGAGCGAGGAUGAGGGAAGGCCGUUACGGAACGAGGAGUUGGAUGAGUUGAGGAAGAAGGGCGCGCUGAGGGGGAAGAGUUAUGCGGAGCGCUUGCCGAAGGCGAAACGCACGGAGAAGGUGGCGAGGUGCACGGCGUACUGCACGGCGCAGGGAUUUAAGAUGGCAGCGACGGCGGCGUUUGUGAAGGAGCAGCAUGGGGCGAAGACGAAGUUGUAUGAUGAUUGCCUGUAUACGGUGUAUCAUCUCCCGCUCCUGCCGGGGAAUGAGGGGUACCGGUUGAGGAGUAGUCCGAUUCUGAAGCAUCCGGGCGGGAAGGCGGUGCUGGAUGAGGAGAUUGAGAGGAGUGAGGCGAGGGUGUAUCAUGAGGGCUAUUUUGAGGAUACGGAUGUGUAUGGUGUUCGGGGGGGGGAGGAGAGCCCGGCGGGGGAGAGCGAGGAUGAUAGGAUUAGGCGGGAGGAUGAGGAGAGGCGUGGUAGGGAAGAGGAGAGGGUUGCGGCGCAGGGUAAGAGGGGUGAUAGCCCGAACCGCCUCGCUCCCGAUGCUACCACCUUCGCCGAGAUGUUCGUCUUCUCCUACGGCGUAGUGGUAUUCUGGAACUUCACCGAGAGCCAGGAGAAGGACACCCUCGCCGAUUUCACCUUCACCGAGAUGGAGACGGGGCAGUCGAUCAUAUCGCGGCCGCAGGACGAGGCGGACUUUGAGACCGAGGAGCUGCAUUUCGAGUAUAGCUCGUUUGUGGACAGGCCGAGGGUGUUUAAUGAUAUGAUCACGCUGAGGAGUGGGGAUCAUAUGAUUAAACUCGCGAUGAGCCAUGCGAUUGCACAGAGUACGAAGUUGAGCUUUUUCGAGGAGAAGAUGUCGCAGACUAUGCUUGAUGCUCAACAUGUCCCGAAGCGCCUGGCGUUGACUGGAGAAUUGGGGAUGUCUCGUCCUGAAGUUGUGAAGAUCCUUGGGCGGUUGUUCAAGAGUCGUGUUGAUGUGAAUCUCUCAUCCAACAUCCUCGACGUCCCCAAUUUCUUCUGGGACUCCGAGCCCACCCUCCACCCCCUCUACUUCGCCGUCCGCGAAUACCUCGAGAUCACCCCCCGCAUCAAGGUCCUCAACGAGCGCUGCCGCGUCUUCCUCGAGCUCGCCGAGAUCCUCACCGACUCCAUCUCCGACACCAAGAUGAGCAAUAUCACAUGGAUCAUCAUCUGGCUGAUCGCCGUCAGUAUCGUCGUCACCGUCUCGGAAGUUGUGUUGCGCUUUGGGAUGUUGCAGAGUGGAAGGAACACUAACGUACCUGGUGUUUGUGGCCUCGCUAGGGUUGGGGCGUAUGGGGGUGGAAACAAUAAUUUGACGAGGAUAAGAGAGAAAUUGACGGACGACGAUAUGCAGCAGUUGUGUGGGAUGCCUUAUAUCCAGACGACGUAUAAGGAUUUGUGAGCCGCUACCUUGCCGAGCUUGUGGUCGUCCCAAAAAAAAUGGCCUCUCAACCGACAUUUGAACGCCCACCCCUCUCGCGACAAUACCAUCCCUCGCCCCCUAUUACCCCUGGCUCAUCCCCCCCUCGGCGGCCAAAAAAUCAAUCAAAAAAAUCACCAAAAAAAAUGGCCUGAUCCAGAUUCGAACUGGAGUUCUCCAUCAUUCCUCAAUCAACCGCAGACUCGAGAUAUCCAAAGGUGCGAGCCUGAAGGUAUCCAAGAUUGGUUGAUCAAUUGAGGGACGGAAGUCUUAACCGCUAGACCAUCGGGCCGGUGGAAUUGAAGGGUAGUCGGUGAGAGGGGUAUAUAAGGUUUAGGCGGCAGGGGGUUUUUCUUUGUUCCUUUUUAUGCGGGGCGGCGCAGGCGGCAUAAGCGGCAUAGGCGGUGUGUGUAUGAUUAGAUAGUGCAGGUUUGUGCGGAGCGGGGGGCGAGUUGUGUUGUUGUGCCCGUGGAGAUUGGGGCGUGGGAUUGGAGUAUUGGGGGUUUGGCGUUGAGCAUACGGUUGUUGGGGAUUAUUCAUUUCAUAGAUAGCAAAUUCCAUCCUUCAUAUCCUUG